AUGAGGUUCUUCUUUAUUUUCAAGGUCCCUCUCAUCAUUAGGAAAAAUUGGAUAUUAUUUUUAUAAUUUAUUAUCUUUGCAAGAUUUGUUUUUGGGGAAAGAAUCGUUUUAAUAUUUCUGAACAAAAUAAAGAGCUAGUUCAAACAACAUAUGAAAAUAAGUUGCUUUAUUUUUAAUUUCUUUCACUGUUAUAAAAAUGAUUGGGAUGAACGAGAAAAAGUGUUUUAAAAUUCUAGUGAUAAAACCUCUGAGCUGAUGGGCUUUCUGAUUUCAAAGAGAAUAAGGAGAGUGAUACUCUCUUUACUUGUCCACUUCCCUCCUGUUUUUUUUUCUCUUGUUUCGCCAGAAUAUUUUUUAUUUUUUUAAGCCUAAACCACCUGUAUCAACAAUGAAAAGAAUCCUUGUUACAAUGCUUUAUGUUUUUUUAAUAGCAAUAUGUCGAUCUCAACUAAUUUAUAGUAAUUUUUAUGGAUUUUUCACAUCAACGGCAUUUGGUAAGUUUUUACUAUUGAAUUAGAUUGGAAUUUAUACUCUACACAUAGUCACGGUAUCACUUUAACAACUUGUGAAUUAAAAAACUUAGUAAUCUUGAAUGAAUGUACAGGUUACAAUUAUAAUACUUUGAUAACCAAAACAUUUGAACUUCAAUUACAUAAUUUGAUCAUUUUAUCAUUUGAGUUCUAACAAUAAUUAAGUAGAAUAAACUCUUAUAAUAACGGGUACACAUUUUAUAUAUAUAUUGAUAACUAAAUUAUUCGUGUUAUUGAGACUUCUCAAUUUGGUCGAACAAACUCAUGUUCAUCAAUAGGAUCAUAUAGAGUAUUAAACAUAUAUGAAAAUAUUCCUCACUAGAGCACUUCGAUUUAAAUUACAAUGGUUUCUAGUAGUGGAAAUUGGGGUAUUUCAGAAUUUUAACUAAAAUCUGUUUGUUAAAAUUGCAUUUAAUAGAAUUAGAAAUUAAUUUAUCAAUCGCUUCAUAAAAAAUAGUUUUCUAUAGUAGCCUAAGAGGAUGGGUGGACAACUAACGGCGUAGUUUCUUUAGGAAUAUUUUAAUGUACAGGUAUUGAUAAUGUUUGUAUAUAGAUUUCAAUUAUUUAAAAUCAACAGGAAAUAAUUUAAUUAAAGAUUUUGUUUUGAAUGAUCAUUAAAAGAUUAGUUUUAAUUUGAAAGUUUUAGUAUUCAAUCUCAAACCAACUUUAAUAGAAAUCAAAAUUGAUAAUCAGAUAGUAUAAAAAAAAUAAGUAUUUCAAUUACAGCAAAUUAUAAUAAUUAAAACUCAUAUGUAACUUCUAAUUCGAUAUUAUGCAAUUCUUUCAUAAUCAUAACAGUAUAAAUAAAAGAUUUUAUACAUAAUAAUAACAUUCUUAGAAUUUAAGUGAUAACUCAAGUAAAUGGCUCUAGUUCUUGGUUUGGUAUUAGAGAUUUUUAAUUAUUUAUUUAAAGCAGGGAGUAUUUAUGUGAAGACUCUAACAUUUAGCCAUUUGAUGGGUGUUUCUCUAAUCAAUACGAUUGUAAUAUAGGUUGUAGUAGUUGUAUAAAAGGAUAAUGUUUGGAAUGCUCAGAUGGUUGGAUUUUUGAGACGUUAAAUAGCUGCAUUCCAAUUUGUGGUGAUUAAAAAUUAGUGUUAAAUGAAGUUUGUGAUGAUGGUAAUAAUGUUCCAUAUGAUGGUUGUCAUCACUGUUAAUUUUCUUGUCCUUAAAAUUGCUUCUUUUGUUAAUUUGGAAUAUGUUUAGAAUAUUUUUAAACAGAAAUAUUGAUUGAAAUAAACAAUAUCUUUGAUUUUAAUGGAUUAACCUAAUAUAAGCAAACUUUCCAAGAGAAAAAUUUCAAUUAAUAUAUUAUAAAUUUCCUUGAGUUUGGUUAUUACGAUAGUUUAAUAUCUUCAUUAAAUUAUAGUAAACUCGCAAUCUUCUAUCAAAAAUGCGACUAACAUGAGUAUGAGUUGUUAGAAUAAAAAUAAUUUCAUAAACAUUCAAAAAUUUUAAAUUGCUAAAAACAACUUCUUAAUAAAUGUAUUAGUUGUGACUUAUUUUUCUAAUUAAGUUUUAAUGAAUAAAAAUGCAUACCAUUAUGCGGCGAUGGAAUUACAAUACUUGAUCAGAUUUGCGAUGAUAAGAAUAAUAUACAAUUUGAUGGAUGUUAUAAAUGUGAGAAGAGUUGUUAAUUGGAAUGUUUAAGUUGCAUAGAGUCCAAAUGUUAUACUUGUCAGGAUGGUUGGGCUUUAUUGGAUGAUAGAUGUUAUGAAAAAUGUGGAGAUGGUUAAUUGGCCAUUACUUCAUCAGAACAAUGUGAUGAUGGUAACUAUUAACCUAAUGAUGGCUGUUAUAAUUGUUAAUUUGAAUGCGAUCAAAACUGUUUUUCAUGUGCAACAGUUGAUAUUUGUUUUAGAUGUCUAAAUUAUUUUGAAGUAUAAAAUGGUAAAUGUCAACCUAUAUGCGGUGAUCUCUAAGUUGUUCCAGGCUUGGAGGAGUGUGAGGAUGGCAAUUAAAUACCAUAUGAUGGUUGUUUCAAUUGUUAGUUAUCAUGCGAUUAAAAUUGCAAAAAGGAGAAAUGUGAGGAAGGGGGUAAAUGUAUUUAAUGUUAAAGUGGUUUUUACAUAAUUAAUGAUGGAUAGAGGUGUGAAGUUUUUCAAAAAUAAUAAAAAUGGAACUAUGAAGAAGAGGAUCAGUAGUAGAUUAUAAUACCUAAAUGUGGAGAUUAGAUAAGGGAAUCAGAAGAACAGUGUGAUGACGGAAAUUUAAAUAAUUUUGAUGGAUGCUCGGAAAAGUGUUUGAUUGAAGAAGGUUGGAAUUGUGAUGAGAAAAAAUCUAGCAUUUGCUAUAAAUAUCCAGUUAUUAAACUAUUAUAUCUUAAUGUAACAUAAGAUAAGCAAUAUGUAUAAUUAUCUUUUAGUAGAUAAGUAAGAUGGAAUGGCACAAAAUAAAAUUUUUCUGAUACUAUUAAUUUUGCUAUUUAAGGAUUAUAAGAUAAUGAAUUUGAUGUAAUAAUAAUUCCUGUAGUUGCAAUUUAAAAAGAUCUUUCGAAUAAUCCUAUUUAUGAAUUCGAAAUCAAAUUUAUUAAUUCUGUAAAAACAUAACCUAUUUUUGAAAUUUUCAUUAAUGAUCUCAUAGUUGAUGAAUAUGACUAUCCUUUGUUAGAGAAUAAAAAACAGAUCUCCCUUAAAAUACCAAAAACUUUAAGUGAUUCUUAAUUAGCUGUUGCAAAUAGCUUUUAAACUAUAGGCAAUUUUAUAAUGAUUGGAUUGGUAUGCAGUAGUGGUCUGAUGUUUUUGUUGGGGGAUUUAUCAUCUAGUUUUGAGAUUUUUGAUGCUCUUCAAUUUUAAUCUUAUUUAAGGUUUAUAAAUGUUGAAUUCCCUGACAAUCUUUAAAUAUAUUUUUCAUCAUCAGACUUUUUAACAGUACAACCUGUUUUAAUCAAUUUCAAAAUAAUUGAUGUUUUUGAUAUUCUAAUUGGGUAAAAGUAUUUGGCUAGUAUUGGAAAGCUUUCUCUUUACGAACUUAAUGCAGAUUUACUUACUAACAUUUAUGGAAUAAUUGCUUAAAUUGCUUUAUUUAUAUUCCUCUAUUUUGUAAUUCUUAUUUAUAGAAAGUUCUUUUAUAGCAAAUGUUUUACAUCUAAACAUAUUUAUUAUACUAGAUUAAGCAACUCUAAAAUUAUUGAAUAUCUAGUUAUCAAAUUCUAUAUUUUAAAUUAAAAUUUCUUAAGCUUAGAGCAACAAAUGGAUUCACAUAAUUAUUUUAGCAAAUAGUUGG